AUGCCCCACUUGAAGCUGUUGGAAAAAUACGCGGAAUCGCAAUGCGAUGCAAGCCUGUACCCAAAAUUAGGAUCAGAACUUCUACCAGUGCUUGCAUCACAACACUGCUUGCUCACCACAUUAUUUCUUGCUCUGUGGUUAAAAACCAUGAUAGCCUGCAGAUUGACUGGUGAAGACUUGAUCCAUCAGUUGUGCCCGGAAGAUGCUCAAGAUGGCAGGAAACCAGCACCAGAAAGAAAUUACACAGCAGGCCAAGGUGAGACACUGACCAAGGUUCCAGCAUUGCAUGAGUUGACAGGUUUAGGUGCCAUUAAGCACUCAAAGUCUCACCGCGCAACACCAUCUGCUGCCUCCAGAUCACCAAGUUCAGAUGGUGCAGCUUCAACAACAUCAACAGAGGAGCUUGUGAGGAAGUGUAGCAGCCUUGAGGCUACACUCCAUGCAUACACAAACAGCGAUCGAGUGCUCCGGCACCAGCUAUGGCUGGAAAACAAAUCCCAUGCUGCCACACGCCACGAGCUGGAGCUGGAGAAACGAUUUCAAGGUGAUUGCGCCGAGGCCAAUGCCAAGCUGCGCGAGGACUUUUCCAAAAUGCAGGAGGCCUAUGCCGUAGCACAGCAGGUGUUGGGGAUGGAGCAGGAACACCACCGCGCCAUGAUGGCCGAGCUAGAGAGUGCAGUCCAGUGGUGUCACUGA